UAAGAACGUAUUGCUGGAAAAGAGAACCUUCACCAAAACGUUGGUAAUGCCGACGCUGUUGAAACGCAAUGUCAGUCCCAUCAACUUUGAGACAGCUACUGAAAUGAUGCCUGCAACUGUCAAGCUUGGGAGCUUUUCUUCCAUGUUACCCAUCACCAGGGCCAGACGUAGGGCAAGUAUCAUUGCAGUUGCAAAAAGUCAAAAAUGCAGGGGUCCUGGGUUUGAAAACUUAGGACUUUGUACUAUUCUUCCCAAGCCGCGUAGGCCAGCUCUUUGGGGUCUAGUAGUGCAAUCUGUUGUUGCACUUUCUACACCUGAAGUGUGCCUCCCAUAGAAGCCGAAAUGCACCCUGAAGUCAAAAAAGGGUGGCUUUCACACUUAGAAAUAUCGAAGAUACUGACCAUUACAGCUCUGCUAGGGUUC